AUGAAGUUCUCUACCGUUGCUGCUACCAUCGCUUCCACUUUUGCCGUUGCUUCUGCCGCUUCCGAAUCUGUUACCUAUGUUGAUAUCACCGUUACUCCAGAAGUCACCACCUCUAUGGUUUCCACCGUUAAGGUAACUUCAACUCCAUACACAACCACCACUUUGUCAUUUGCAGUUCAAAGUAAUUCAGUUUCCCAUAAUGAAACCACAAGUAACAGCACUCAAACUACCACUGUUUCCUUAUUUGAAGGUGCUGGUAAUACUGCUCAAGUCGGUGCCGGUGCAUUGGUUGCUGCUGUUGCCGCAGCUCUACUAUUAUAA